CCCCGCUUCCCUGUGGCGUUUGCCAUCCUGGUGGCCGGCUUCGCCAGCCGCGCCCCAGCCCACGGCCACUUCUACCGAGAGCCCAUCGCCCUGCCCACGCUGCACGUUGUGGGUGAUGCAGACGCCGUCAUUGCUGCCUCCCUCAGCAGGGAGCUGGCCCAGCACUUUGUGGAGCCGGUUGUCCUCACUCACCCUGGCGGGCACUUCGUCCCCGUGGCUGCGCCACAGAGGAAGGCCUACCUGGACUUCUUGGACCGCUUCUGCCCAGGAUGGGGACAGACUGAGCCCUCAGGGACUGUGGCUGUUUGA